CUGGAGCCUAUCCCAGCUGUCUUCGGGCGAGAGGCGGGGUACACCCUGGACUGGUGGCCAGCCAAUCACAGGGCACAUAUAGACAAACAACCAUUCACACUCACAUUCAUACCUAUGGACAAUUUGGAGUAACCUAUGCUCGUAACCUAGCAUGUUUUUGGAAGGAGAAAACCCACUCGGGGAGAACAUGCAAACGCCACACAGAGAUAGCCGUGGGUGGAAUCGAACCCCGUGACCUGCACACUAACCACUCGCCGCCGUGCAGCCGGCGAGGAGGGGGGAAGAAGAAUGUGAUCGGAUGUGCUGCUGUUGAAAAGCGGCUCAGCUUUGCUCCACUCACCACAUCAAAGAGGGCCGAGAUAAUGGAUCAGUCCUCCGAUGAAGAGGAACCUCGCACCUUUGUGCAGGUCCUCAGUGACAAGUACAACACUGAGAACUUCCCCUAUGGCCAAGGCAUUGGUGUCGUGGUACUCCCCUCCCCCCCUGGGUCGCCUGUUAAAGAUCGUCUGUUUUUGCCCAGUGUGCUGGUCUUGAAUGAGUGCGGCAUCAAAAAAGCAGGCAACAGGUCCGACAUUGCAACUUUCUGCGCUCACGUCAUCGAACUGGACCUGUCCUACAAUGAGCUCCACGACUGGGCAGAGAUCUGCACCAUUGUGUCCAACAUCCCUCACCUGGACUUCCUCAACCUGAGCAUGAACCCCCUGAGCGGCGUGGAACUGGAGCCCUGCAUGGCCGAGGUUUUCACCCGGGUGCGUCGUCUCGUCCUCAUCAACACGCACGUCAGCUGGGACACCGUGCACACGCUCACCCAAAACACACCAGAGCUGGUGGAGCUCUUCCUGUGCCUGAACGACUACGAUGCUGUGUCCCAGUCACGCACGUCCUGCCCGUCCCUGCGGCUGCUGCAGAUAACCGACAACCACCUGCGUGACUGGGCGGAGGUGCGCAAGUUUGGCCUGAUGUACCCCAGCCUCAGCACCCUGGUGCUGGCCAACAACAGCGUGGAGCGUGUGGGCGACACCCGGGAAGCACUGCAGCGCCUCUUCCCCAACCUGCGCAGCAUCAACCUCAACAACUCAGGGCUGAGUAAGUGGGAGGACAUCGAGAGGCUGAAUUUCCUCCCCAAGCUGCAAGAACUCAAAGUGAAGGGGCUUCCACUGUUGCAGCCUUACACCACACAAGAGCGACGUAGCCUCCUUUUAGCACAGCUGCCAAAUGUCUUGGUGCUCAACGGAGGCGCGGUGUCCGAUAGCGAGAGGGAAGACGCCGAGAGGUUCUUCAUCAGAUACUACCAGGAUUGUCCGGAACAAGAACGCCCAGAGAGGUACCACGAGCUGGUAUCCAAAUACGGUCAGCUGGCCCCGUUGGCCGACGUGGACCUGAGCCCCCGCUGCACCAUGGUGGACGUGCGCUGGGGUGACAGGGUGGAGGCAGUGAGCCUCCGCCUGGAGCAGACGGUGGGCGACCUGAAGAAGCAGCUGAGGGCGCUGCUGCAGCUGCCCGCCAACAGCAUCCGUCUCUUCUACAUCAACCGGGAAAUGUGCUCUAUGUUCGGGCCUGAGGAGCUGAAGUGCGGCUGCCGGGCUCUCCAUUCAUACAGCAUCCGGGAUGGGGACGAGAUACUUGUGGUGCCCAAAGUGAAAAGCCGCUGCAGCUCCUCGGAUCUUUGAUCAGGGGGUAGUUCCUGAACACUUACUGGACUGGUUUUAUCUUGAAUUUGUCACAUUAUGCAAUAAGUGUCACUCUGGGUCAGGUUUACGUCAGGACAGAAGUCCCUGCUACCGUCAGUGAGGGUUCUUGGACUGUCUGAGAGAUUCAUCCUUAUCCUUAUUCAUCCAACAAGGGGACAUUUCUGCUGAUCCAGUUCACAGACAGCAAAGAGAUUCCAUGAAAAGCCAUGCAGGAUCUGUAAAGUUUGUGAGUAAUUCCAGACUGAUGCAAACCCUGAUUGAUGACGAUUGGCGUUUGAGGACAGAAAUUCUAGAUGCCCGUUGACUGCAAAAUAUGAUUUUUUUGUCUUGAAAGCUUACAGCUUCUGAUUGAAAGGCCUCCAUUAUGCUGACGUUCAAAAACAACAUCGAGAUUGACUGAAAAGUCAAAAGUCCCGAGCCAGAAUGCCAAGGUUUUUUGUUUUUUUUUACCCCGCCUCCCUGCAUCUAUCCAGACGGUAUGGUAACCCAACACCUGCUGCAGUGUCGGGUCACUUCCUCUCUAUCUACGAGCCUGGCUCACCAAGAAGGAGGGACCACCCACCACACCCCACCCUUGCCAAUGAAUCUGAAUGCUUCUUACAUCAGCCCUCACAAACCUGACACCUCAAGUGUCUGCUCUUUCACAGGAUGCAAGGUCCUGACCUCUCCCACUGGCUCACACCGCCAUACCCCCCCCCCC